AUGGGCAAUGGUCUAGCUCGCGUCGUCUUCCAGCCUCCCCAAGCGUCGUAUGGCAAAGAUCCAAACCUCUUUUGGUUGACGACUUCCAGAGAAGAGGUCAUCCCGGCAUUUUUUGUCCGACGACAAGACGCAAGUUUCACGCUCCUCUUCAGCCACGGCAAUGCCGAAGAUCUAGGGCUGAUUAUCCGGUACUUUCGAGAGCUGAGCCACAUCCUGCACGUCAACGUCUUUUCGUAUGAGUAUACAGGGUAUGGCAUGAGCACCGGCCAGCCCCAGGAGGCAGCCGUGUACGCGGACAUCGAGGCAGCCUUCAAGUACCUGCGGGAUGAGCUUCGCAUUCCUUGGACGCAGAUCGUGCCCUAUGGUCGAUCCAUUGGAACAGCGCCGUCCAUCCACCUUGCCACCACCACCCCGGUACGGGGAGUGAUACUUCAGAGCCCCAUGGUGUCCAUCUACAGGAUACCGUUUCGUUUACGGUUCACCUUGCCGGGGGAUGUCUUCACGAACAUUGACAAAAUUGGCAAUGUUUGCUGCCCCGUGUUCAUCAUUCAUGGCACCAGGGAUGAGAUAGUUCCCGUUUGGCAUGGACAGGUCCUCUACGAAGCAUGCGUGAAGAAGGGAAUUGCGUACGAUGCCUUCGUCAUCGAGGGUGCGGACCACAACAACCUGGAGAUGCAGGCUCGACAGCCUAAUGAGAUUUAG